CCCUAAACAUUGGUUAAAAUGUGAAGCCUAACAGGACAUGCAGGAUUUGGAGAAUCAACGUUGAUAGUAAUUUUAUAUUUUUACAGGAUUAUGGGAGAAGAAAUUUGCUUAACAGCCUUAACACUACCCACCAAACUUACUGACAAUCUUUAUAUAUAUCAGAAGAACAGAAUCCUAUGUGACUUUUGUAUACAGUGCAGUGAUGGAGAAGUUUACGCCCAUAAAAUCAUCCUUGCCAUGUGGGGAAUGCAUGGAUUCUACAUUGACACCAUUGACACAAUUCAGGCUUUAAAUUUCUCAACUGCAGAUUUUAAUAAUUUUAUGGAGUUCAUUUAUUCAGGGAAUAGUUCAUUAAAUUUAGAUGCAGCAAUUAGAGUUGCUCAGAUCGGAAAACUCCUAGGUAUUCAGUUUCAUCGUAUCUCAAGCUCUCUCACUCAACAUGAUUCUUUAGAAUCAAUUUUGUUUGUCCUUAAAUCCGCCUCUGAAUCAAGUGUAGAACGCAAUGAGAAAUACACCCUCUACAUUAAAUCAAUGCCUGAUUAUCAAAGGAAUUUUUCUACCACAACAAAUGUUAGAUGUAGAGAGCCAAGUACAUCCACACAUUCAAUGCCUGGUAACCAUGGUAACAGUAUUACAGACAAAUGGGAUAAAAACUUAGAGGAGUGUUUGCUUAGUCAGUCAUCAGAUGUCGGCUCUGACACACUGAUUAAUGAUAACAAGUCAGCUGAAUCUCCUACCACUGACAACAAAGUUGAUGAUACAUCUGAAUAUGAAAAAGCAACAGGACAUAGGGAUUAUUCUGACAAACCACUAGAGAAAGUAUCGGUAAUACAAGUAAAAACUGAAAACCUUGUUUGGCCAGAGUCAGAAAACACAGAGGUAAAAACAGAACAGGAAGAUUGUGCCAUGGAGUCUGGAUCUGAGAGUGUAGAAACAUCGAGAGCUGCUGAAAAUAAUACAGUGGGAGAAUGGAGUGUAGAAACAUCGAAAACUGCUGACAUUUCAGACAAUAAUUCAGUGGGAGAGGGGAGUGAAUUUCAUACAGAGGGCCAGAAUAACAUAUCUGAAAGAAAAAAGAGUCCGUUUGACAUAAAGGAUACUGGACAGAAGAAAACUGAAGCACAGGAGGGAGAGUGGGUAGUAAAGGAAUGUAGACAUUGUCUGAAACAGAACCGGAAACCUUUUAUCUACGCUACAACAACAAAGGGGCGAGAAAAGUAUAACAGGCAUGCUAUACGGUUCCAUCCCUCAGCUUAUAUUCGAAAUGUAAACUGUGAAAUCUGUGAAGCAUCUUGGAGACGGUGCCAGGCGGAUGUAUAUAUGGAACAUAUAGUGAAGACACAUGGUGUAGAAUAUGACUCGACUGUCUACCAAAAGAAAACAUGUGAUUUCGAUAAUUGUGAAUACUGGACUGUGUGUGAAUCUAAAUUCUUAACUCAUCAAAAAAAUGUGCAUUAUGGGAAACUUAGCGUCUGUGAUGUGUGUGGAGAGGCAUUCAAAGACAUCAAAUCACACAAAGAGACCCAUAAGGACAGGCCCAAAAUUCCGUGUGAAAUCUGCGGGAACACCUUCGUCAACCAGACUUCUGUCAAGAAUCAUAUUGAAAGAGUGCAUGAAAAGAAAUACAAGUCAGCAGGAUUCUGCAAGUAUUGUAAUCAGAACUUCAAAGAGCGGUACAAAUAUUUCAAACAUAUGUUUACAGAGCACAAAGAGAUUCCAAAAGGUAUGAAGAGGUAUCAGUGUUCCGAGUGUGACUUCGUGACUUACCAGAUGAGUCUGUUGAAAACUCACGAGUUGAGACACAAAGAGCUAAAAGGAUUGGAAAUUGAACGAAACCACAAAUGUAAUGUGUGCGAAAAAGCAUUUCUUACCAAAGCUGGUUGCCGGUACCACGUUCAGCGACUUCAUGUCACACAAGCCUAUCUACAAUGUCACUAUGAAGGUUGUACUAAAGUGUUUCGGAGAAAACCAAGUUUAGAGAAACAUAUCAGAAGUAUCCAUGAGGUUGGAAAGAUAUAUCAGUGUCAUGCCUGUCCGUACAAGUGUAAUCGUCAAGGAAAUCUUGUGAAACACAUUCGCAGCAUCCAUAAAGAAGAGGUCUCUACUCGUGCUUCUCGACGGAAAGAGGCCAUGUUGUCAGGGAAAGGCUACCAUGAAGCUGUUCGUCCAGCUCCUUGGGAGGUUCAGGGCUCAGGAAAGAGCAUCGAGGGGGAAAGUUCUCUCUCCAAACAAAGACAUUGGACUCUGAGUAAUGAGGGAGUUAACUCUGAUCAGGACAGUAGGGGUUCAGAUCACAUGGAGGAGGAGGACAGUAGGGGUUCAGAUCACAUUGAGGAAGAGGAUAAUAGGGGUUCAGAUCACAUUGAGGAGGAGGACAGUAGGGGUUCAGAUCACAUUGAGGAGGAGGAAAGUAGGGGAUCAGUUCACCCUGAGGAAGAGGAUAAUAGGGGGUCGGUUCACUCUGAUCAGGACAGUAGGGGAUCAGUUCACCCUGAGGAAGAGGAUAAUAGGGGGUCGGUUCACUCUGAUGAGGACAGUUUUUACUGAAUGGAGGGGGGUCACACUGAGUUUGGAGGCAGAUGAAUGUUAUCAGGACAGAAGGCGAACAUUUCAUCCUGAGGAGGAGGACAAU